GAUGGCAACAUAUAGUUUGUUGGUGUCCGUUCUCCUCGGGGUAGUUUCGAUGGUUGCUGGCCAUGGGCGGCUAAUUGAGCCCCCGUCCAGAGUCAGCGCAUGGAGAUUUGGGUUCAAGACUCCUGUAGAUUAUGACGAUGAUGGCUGGAAUUGCGGAGGCGUUGGAAUGCAGUACGAUAGAAGUGGCGGCAAGUGCGGGAUAUGUGGUGACUCGUAUCCAGGUCCAAGGAAGAGUGAGGCUGGAGGGAAAUAUGCCAAAGGUGUGAUCGUCAGACACUACAAGAAGGGACAGAUCAUAGAUAUCAAAGUAGACAUCACAGCCAAUCAUUGGGGAUGGUUCGAAUUCAAACUCUGCGCGAACAAUGACGUCACAAAGCCGGCGACGGAGGCAUGUUUGAACCAAACUCUUCUGUAUUUGCCGGAACACGGCUCGACUAGGUGGUCCAUUGGAUCUGCGGUCAAAGUAUACAAGGUCAAGGCCCAGCUGCCCGCGGGGAUGACGUGCAGUCAGUGUGUGCUACAGUGGAAGUAUAAUGCAGGUAAUAGCUGGGGCACUGACCCCGAUACAGGCCGGUCCGGCAUUGGACUAGGAAAUCAAGAACAGUUCCUCGCGUGCGCUGAUAUUAGUAUCUCUUAGUCCGGAUAUCGUUUCUUUGAAAUGUGCUGAAAAGAUGGAAUUGUGUGUUUGCCUCCUCGUUAACAAUA